GCUUUCUCUCUCAUCCGGGCUUAGCAACAGCUCUAGCGGACGCUGCAUUGGUCAGAAGCCACCGAAGGACGGCCCGCAGUUCGUCGCGUCUCCUGUCAGUCAAACAGAACGCGAACCAAGACAUGGUUCUCGGCUGCAGGAGAAAACAAGGGCACUGGGCUGGAUAAUCACCCAGCCGUGAGGAUGCUGAGAGGCGCAGCCCUCCUCUUCUUUCAGCGCGGAUCGGCUCCGGGUCGCGCGCGUGAAGAUGCAUCAUUUUCUCUCUCCGCACCUGAACGCGUCGCUCGCUUUAAUUCGAUUUCAAAUCUAGAUUAGACCGAGGAUGCUCCGCAGGAUCGGAUGAAACGGUACUAGCGGGUCGAACUGACAGGUUAGCGGUAUUGUAGUUGCUUUUUUUUUUUUUAGAUCAUUUUUCAUAAUUCAUUGCGCUCGCAAACCCGUUUCGUCUCGCAGGCACCGAUCCAGGUAAACCAGCACCAUGUUGACCAGCAUCACAGAGAGCAUCUUCUGCUGCCUGAUGGGAAAGACGACCAGCAUGGUGCUUCCGGUCGAGUCGUCCGACGGCAAGCCCUCGGACGGCUUCGAGUUUGUGGAGGUGAAGCCGGGCCGUGUGCUGCGCGUGCGCCACAUCCUCCCCGAGCGGCCCGCGGCCACAGAAGCGCAGCCGGAAGCGGGAGGCGGCGGCGUCCACUGCAAGCGCAAGAUCACGGUGUACCGCAACGGCCAGCUGGUGAUCGAGAACCUGGGAGACGUGCUCCACUCCGAGAUCCUGCAGUGCCAGAACGGAGACGUGGAGCAGUGCAGCACGGUGGAGGUGGAGCUGUCCGAUUACACCACCGCCCCCUCGUCCCCGGAUCCCAAACCCGCUCCGCCGCUUCCGGCCUCGGACCAGCAGAAACCGGCCCCUCCGCCCAGACGCCGGCGGAGGAGACCCAUGCGGACCGUGAUGAUCGAUACGGAGCGCUGCAUCAGCAGCUGUAAGGGGACGCACGCGGACGUGGCGCUCUUCUUCAUCCACGGCGUGGGCGGCUCGCUGGACAUCUGGGGGAGUCAGCUGGAUUUCUUUUCGCGGCUGGGUUACGAGGUCAUCGCCCCGGAUUUGGCGGGACACGGCGCCAGCACUGCCCCUCAGAUAGCGGCGGCCUACACCUUCUACGCCCUCACCGAGGACCUGCGCGCCAUAUUCAAGAGAUACGCCAGAAAACGUAACAUCCUCAUUGGUCACUCCUACGGGGUGUCCUUCUGUACGUUCCUGGCACACGAGUAUCCGGAGCAGGUGCACAAGGUGGUGAUGAUCAACGGAGGCGGCCCCACGGCCCUGGAGCCCAGCCUGUGCUCCAUCUUCCAGCUGCCCUCCUGCGUCCUUCACUGUCUGUCUCCGUGCCUGGCCUGGAGCUUCCUCAAAGCCGGUUUCGCCAGACAGGGAGCUAAAGAGAAGCAGCUCCUGAAGGAGGGAAACGCUUUUAACGUGUCUCCGUUCGUUCUGCGAGCGAUGAUGAGCGGUCAGUACUGGCCCGAGGGGGACGAGGUCUAUCACGCCGAGCUGACCGUCCCCAUACUGCUGGUGCACGGCAUGUACGACAAGUUUGUGCCGAUUGAUGAGGAUCAGCGGAUGGCUGAGAUCCUCUUGUUCGCGUUCCUGAAAGUGAUCGAAGAAGGCAGUCACAUGGUGAUGAUGGAGUGUCCCGAGACGGUCAACACGCUCCUGCACGAGUUCUUCCUCUGGGAGCCGGACAACUGCAAAAAGGACACGGUUACCACGGUGACGGCCGACGAGGUCGCGGCCGUCCAGACGCUCGCCGUAAGCGCAGGGACGCCCAAGGUCAACAAGCCCCUUAACAAGUAACCUGAUGAUUGACGUUUUCGGGGUAAACCAAUCAGAAGGCUGUUGAUGGCAGGCUGUCAAACCGUCUCAUUGGCUGAGGGCUGGUUUUUGGUCGGAAAGGCCCGAGCGGGCGUCCGGACGGGGGGGUGAGAAAGAUUCACCGGUUCGAAGAGACUCUCUAGCGACGGGGGAAAAGCAGCUGCUGGUUUUAAACCGACGGACGGUGGCCUUUAUUUCUCUCUGCUACCUUUGGACAAUAUCUUUCUUUCUCGUGCCGUCUAAACAAAAAGGACCGGAGGGCCGUCCGGAGGAUGGAAACCGAAAGCGUCCGAGUCUGACCUGAACUGCAAGAGAGAGAGAGCGGGAGAAUUUGCCGGGAAAAAGCCCAAGGGAGUGUGCGUUUAAAGUCAACACGAAAGCCUUUUCACUUCCAUAACAUGACACACAAGUACAGUUACGAAAAAAACAGCGGUUGCUUCAAAAAUGAUGGGCACUAAUUAAUUGUGAUGGGAGAAUAACGGGGUUGUUUUCAUGCCGAGGCUUGUAGAAAAUCAGCGUUCACCUCAUACUAGUACUGACACGCUUUAACACGUCUUCCCUCGUAAAUCAAAUCGAAGAGCGAUUGAGAGCAGAUGUGCGAGACACUCGGUCCUGUUAAGACAUCUUAAAAAGAUAAGGUGGCGUAAAUGAGCGCGCGCGCGUUUUACCCGAUGAGUCAAAAGAAAACGAAACAACAGAUGUCGGUUCACGCGAAGGAUAACAUUUUAUGCACUUGUCCCGUCUCCUAGCAACUAGAAAGUCGGGCAUUAGAACAAAUGCACGGUGAGAGAGAGAUAUAAUGAGGAAAACAGCAUAUAAGCUACAGGGUCGCGGGGCGGAUUGCGUACGGAUCUGAAUUUGAUGUUGAAAGGAUAUUGUGAGUAUCUGGUCAUCGGGUUCAUCCGAUCAUGAGCCAUUAGGCUCUGUACGAGGACAGACCGUCUGUCUAUGCAAAGGACAACAGGGCUUCUGCACACGUCUGGCCGGGUUACCAUGAAAACAAACUAGUCACGGGCAAAACAGAUCCAGGAGGGAGGUCUGGUCCAUCCGUCACUGGAGAUAAUUAAAGACGUCAUGAUAUCUCUGCAGGCUUCUCACGUUUAUGCGCUGAAACGUCACGCAAUCAGAGCAGAGCGCUUGGUCAGAGAAAUGGUCAGGUUUAUAGCUAACAAAGUCCCAGUGAUUAUUUUAAAAACCGUUGUUGCUUUUAAUAUAAUAUAAUCAUUUAAAAAAAAAAAUAAAUAAAUAAAUGAAUAAAUAAAUUAA